AUGUUGAAGAGAAAUGUCUACCAUGAAAGCCCCACAACAUCCAGAGCCUUCAGCAUCUCGGGGCGAAUCUCCUCCAUCCCUGGCGCCCUGCCACCAAGGAGCUUUUUGACUACCUCGGUGACCUCUGCCAUAGUAAUGGACUCAUCUUUCCCCGAGUCUUCAGACUCUACCUCCUCAAAGGUGGACAUGAAGGGUGGAUUCAGGAGAUCCUUCCACCACCCCAUGAUAUCCUCAGGCCUGSUCAGCAGUUCCCCACCCAAGCCAAUUAAGUCCGUCAUUGCCCACAUGGGCAUUGAAGUCACCCAGCAGAACGAGGGAGUCACCAGAUGGCACCCCUUCCAGGACUCCAAAAAGGCUGGCACGAAGCCGAAGAGACACAGCCCCCUCCAUCACCAGGGUGAACUCCAAUACCAAGGCACACAGCUGGGGGCUUGUGAGUAUCACCACGCCCACCCGUCGCCUCUCUCUCUGGGCAACUCCAGAGUAGGAGAGAGUCCAGACCUUCUCCAGGAGUUGGGUUCCAGAGCCCAAGCUGUGAGGAAUCAGCACAGCCAGGGACCCUCCUUCGCCUGCUGCCCGGCAUACAUCACACCCGACCAUAAUGGUCCUCCCCGCUGGUGGUGGGUCCACGUGGAGGUCCUUUCAGGCUUCGCCUGGCCAAGACCCAGGAUCCAAGGCUUGAGCACCAGGCGCUUGCCGGAGAGGAACUCCAGCCUGGACCAGGAGGAACCAGAACCUCCACAGAUCAAAGUAGAAGAGGAGGAACCAGAACCUCCACAGAUCAAAGUAGAAGAGGAGGAACCAGAACCUCCACAGAUCAAAGUAGAAGAGGAGGAACCAGAACCUCCACAGAUCAAAGUAGAAGAGGAGGAACCAGAACCUCCACAGAUCAAAGUAGAAGAGGAGGAACCAGAACCUCCACCUCCACAGUUUGAGGACCAGGAGGAACCAGAACCUCCACAGUUUGAGGACCAGGAGGAACCAGAACCUCCACAGUUUGAGGACCAGGAGGAAUCAGAACCUCCACAGUUUGAGGACCAGGAGGAACCAGCACCUCCACAGUUUGAGGAUCAGGAGGAACUAGAACCUCCACAGUUUGAGGAUCAGGAGGAACAAGAACCUCCACUGUUUGAGGACCAGGAGGAACCAGAACCUCCACAGAUCAAAGUAGAGGAUGAGGAGCUCUGCACCAAUCAGGAGGAAGAUCAGCUCCACCCGAAGCAGGAGACUGAUCCGGUCCUGGUGACAGUUUUAUAUGAAGAAAGUCAACCAGAACCAGACAAGGAGCAGCUCAUCUCUCAGAGUUCUGCCGGACCUGAGGACCAGGAUCAGGAUUCGGGGUCAGACGAGAAGAUGGAUCACACAGAGGGUCAUUAUGGUAACCAUGCAGGCCAAUCAGCAACAUCUGAGAGGUUGUUUUCUUGUCUAAUCUGUGGAGAAACUUUUUUCAACAAAUUAUUACAUUACCGUCAUGUGAAAGUUCACAGAGUCUGGAACCAAAACUCUUAUAAACUAAUGUAUUGUUGUCCCACCUGUGGGAAAAAGAUCUUUGCUUAUAGUCACUUAGUCAUUCACAUGAGGGUCCACACAGGUGAAAAACCAUUUUCUUGUAAAAUCUGUAGAAAAGGUUUUAGUCGAAUUUCAAACCUUAAAGAUCACAUGAUGAUCCACACAGGAGAGAAGAAGCCUUUUUCUUGUGAAACUUGUGGGAAACGUUUUUACAGAAAUACCAGUCUUCAAAGUCACAUGAAAGUUCACAGAGACUGAGCUGAUGUUCUUCUGUCACAGGUGGAGAAACGUUUCACCAAAUGAUCUAGAAGAGGUUUUACAGCCAGGAGAAGAAUGAAACGUUCAGAAUGUGGAGAAAAGUUAGAAAAUCUUAAAUCUUGUUCGUGUUUGAAGCAGGGCUGGGCCAUAAAACAAUAAUUAUACGUAUAUCAGGAUAAAGACAUGAUGAAUAUGAAUAUAAAAUGUUUCUGAUAGAGCGUGGAUAAUUGAAGUUCCAUAAGCUUCCAGAAUUGAUUCAAUGAAACUCUCUAUCUUGAAACAUUUUUCAGCCAUAUGGCCCGGCCCUAGUUUGAAGAAGAGUUGCUUCCAGCAAACCUUGUUUGUUGCCCUUUAUUUUACUUUGAUUCAAGUUGAAACUGAGAAAUGAUCAGUUCUUUACUCAUCAAACUUGUUCAGUUUUCACUUGUUCUGAACUUGGUAAUCUUUGACAUUUCCUGUUAUUGUUUUCAAAAUGAAAAAAUAAGUAGGUCCUCUGGAUGGGUUCUUCUUUAGUGAAACGUUU